CACAGACAACAUUCAGCAUCAAGAAGAUCAACAGAGCUGCUGUGAAGCUGAACUCAAGUCACAAUGAACAUCCUCCUCAUCUUCACUUUCUUCAUCAUCUCAGGUGGUGUGAGAUGCUUUGAUGUGAUUGGAUAUUCUGGAGGAAGUGUUCUUGUUUCUUUGCGGAAACCUUGGUGUAAAGACUGUUCGAAAUUCAUGACCAAACUGAAUCCACACACCAACAUUAUAAACUACAAGAAACAUAAACAGUGGAUUAAUGAAGGAAGAUUCACUCUGUUUUGCAACAAAUAUAACAAUCUCAUGAUCUACAUCAGAGAUAUGAACACACAGGAUUCUGGAACAUACCGGAUUGGUGUUGGUAAAUGGUCUAUUGAUAUCACUCUGACUGUGAAAGAAGAUACAUGUUGUGGGGCGUCACAAAGACUGAUGGUGAAUACUGGACAAACUGCAAACUUCACCUGUCAAUAUUCACAAGAUUAUAAAACCAAUUACAAGAUCAUAUUUAAAGAAAGAAAAGACUCAAUUGAUGAGGUGAUCUACCCUUACACAUGGGGGAAAAAAGAACAAUUGACUAAAUCUGAUAACAAAGAUAAAAAUCUGUUCAGUGUGAGAAUAACUAAUGUGAGAUCAGAAGAUGCAGGAGUUUAUUUAUGUGGAGUAACAGACUCAGACUACAGUUACUCCUACAGUUACUCCAUUCUUACUGCUGUUCAUCUUCACAUUAUGAGUGAAGUGGGUGUGGUCAGAGCGAGUGGAUACUCAGCAGGUGGAAUCAUCUUCAAGUGUCAUCACCAUCAAUACAAAAGCAACACAACAUAUGUGAUUAAAGAAUCAGAUGGAUGUUGUGAGAGGAAGUAUCCAUCAGUUCAGGAUCAAUGGAUGGACAGUGGAGAUGUUUGUCUAUAUGACGACACCAGAGCAGGAGUCUUGAUGGUGUAUUUUAGAGAUCUGAACGCUGGACAUGCUGGAACAUACUGGUGUGGAGUGAAUCCAUCUCAAUAUACUGACACAUUCACUCAAGUCCAGCUAGAUAUUAAAGACGUUUUGUCUCAUUGGUGGGUGAAUAAAUCUGUUUCUGUUGGUGAUGAAGUCAAUAUUACCUGUCGGAUCCCAGAGGAACAUAAAUUCAGUCCAAAGUUCUUCUGUAAAGAGGAUGAAAAUCACAUCUGUCAAACCGUCAGCAGAUCUAAAGUGAAACUAAAUGAUUUCUCUGAUAAAAGUCUUUUUACUGUGAUCAUCAGUGAUGUGACAGAGAGAGAUGCUGGAGUUUACUGGUGUGGAGCAGAAACCAGUCACACAGAUUUCACUUUCAUCUCUCUCACCACUAAAGUUCAACUCAAACUCAUCAGUAAAGUGGGUGUGGUCAAAGUGACCGGCUACUUAGGAGGUCAAAUCAACUUCAAAUGUUAUCACCAUCAACACAAAAGCCAUCCCAAAUAUAUCAUUAAAGAAUCUGAUGGAUUGCUACAAGAUAAAUGGAUGGACAGUGGAGAUGUUUGUCUGUAUGAUGACACCAGUGCAGGAGUCUUGAUGGUGUAUUUUAGAGAGCUGAACGCUGGACAUGCUGGAACAUACAGGUGUGGAGUGAAUACAUCUCACUACAUGGAAGUCCAACUGAAGGUUCAAGCGGCUUUUACAGAGAGAGUGAAUAAAUCUGUGGUUGUUGGUGAUGAAGUCAAUAUUACCUGUCGGAUCCCAGAGGAACAUAAAUUCAGUCCAAAGUUCUUCUGUAAAGAGGAUGAAAAUCACAUCUGUCAAACCGUCAGCAGAUCUAAAGUGAAACUAAAUGAUUUCUCUGAUAAAAGUCUUUUUACUGUGAUCAUCAGUGAUGUGACAGAGAGAGAUGCUGGAGUUUACUGGUGUGGAGCAGAAACCAGUCACACAGAUUUCACUUUCAUCUCUCUCACCACUAAAGUUCAACUGAAACUCAUCAUGUUUGGAGAUGAAGGAGGAUCUGCUCAGAUCGUGUGUCCUUAUGAUCCCAUCUAUAAAUCAAAGACAAUAAAACUGUUGAAGAGUUCUACAGAUGAAAAUACUCUCAUGGAGAUGAACAGAUGGAGUGUGAAUGAUGACACGACAGCAAGUGUGUUUAGUGUGAACAUCACUGGACUGACAGCAGAGGAUGCUGGGAAAUACUGCUGUGCAGUGACAUUACAAACAGACGUGAUUUAUCUUUACACUCAUCUCAUUAUUAUCAUCAAAGAGGAACAUCUCUUGAAUAAGAGUGAAGGAGACAACAUGUCAAUGGAGUGCAAACAUCACGCUGAAUAUCAGAAAGUCUUCUGUAAAGCACAUGAAGUCUCAAUGUGUGUCAAUGAUGGAGUUUCAUUACAGUCAAUCAGAGAUGAUGGAUUCUCUUUAAGUGAUGAAACAUCUACUGGAGUCUUUACUGUAAACAUCAGUCAUCUGAGAGAAGAGCAUUCUGGGAUAUACUGGUGUGGAUCUAACAUCAUCACUAAAGUUCAUCUAGAAGUAAAUAGAAGUGUUUUUGAAAAGAUCCUCGCUGGUAUCUGUGUGACUCCAUUGUUGAUCGGAGCCUUGAUCCUGAUUUUAUAUAAAUGUAUAUAUCUCAAGACUCGAGGCACAAAUGGACAGACAGAGAAAAAGCAGAGGACGAAAGAAGAAGAGUCUAAUGCUGCCUGUGACUACGAGAAUGUUCAAGACCUCAGACCGGAGCGGUUAGCCUCACACUAUACAGAAGCUGUGAUAUAUUCUACUGUUGGGAUCACCGCAAAUUCUCCUCAUCCACACACGACAUAUUCUGCUGUACAAUUACCCACAAUCCCAUCUGAUGAUGUGCUGUACGCUGCUGUCAGUUUCCACAAGCAAGAAGAUUCUCUCAGUGAUGCUACGGUCACCUUCAGUAAGGACGAGAUUUCAACCGAGUACGCCACUGUCAAUCGCAAAACAAGACUCAAAUGAAAGCUUUUU